AUGAAGCAGCACCGAUGCACACAAGGGGCCAUACCUUUCUUGCAGGCACCUGAGGCAUUGGCCGCGCCAUGGCCGAGGAUGGUGGUGCCUCUGCAGAGAUUAGCGAGCGCCAAUGCCGCACCCACACCUCCCAUCCUGCUGCAGCGUGCAAGCACGACCAGCGCAGGGCACGCAGUUGCACCACCAGCACCAUGCCAAGCAUUGCAGAGGGCCAGCACUGCAGUUGCUGCAGCAGCUCCUGUCCUCAGCCGCUCCUGCACUUUGACGCUGCCAGGCGCGUCUGUACAUGGCGUAAUCGCAGCGCCAACCCAAGCAAGCAUUCUAAAGCGAACCGGCACAGUCACCGUGGCGGAGCCUGCUCCACCGGGUUCUGCAACUACUGCUUCGGCGCUGCAGCGCACUGGGACCGUGACGUUGCCAGAACCAGCACAAAGGCAAGUCAUGGCAGUGGCUGGACCAGCACCCACGCCUGCAGUGGCGCAACAGCCCACGCCUGGUGGUAAGUCGAUCGUUAUGACGCAGGCAGCGGCCAUGAGGUCGGCACCGCUUCGCAAACCGACAAAGGACGACUUGCCAGAGGUGGGUCGGCUGCUCUUCCAGUCGAUGCUGGGACCUCUGCAGGUUCCAGAGGAGGAUCGACAGCUUCGCCUUGUAGUUGCUGGCUUGAUGGGCUCUGGGAAGAGCACCCUCUGCCGCAUGCUGCGGCACCUUCUUGGAGGAACAUGGAUUAACCAGGAUGAAUUUGCGGGUCACAAAAACGCGAAGAAGGCAUUCCUCAAAGCGAUAGCCGACGCAGCGUCUGAUGAUUCUGUCCCUGUGCUGCUGGUUGACAAGAUCAACACCGAACGGCAGCACCGGAACGGCAUCGUGCAAGAGAUGCGGAAAGGACGUCCAGGUGACAUCAUCUUUGUGCAAAUCAAGCAUCCAGACGAUUCAGGAGGUUGGAAGAAUACUCUCCAAUGGUGUGAGAGCCGGAUUGCCCGCCGAGGGUCUGGACAUCGCACGUUGAUGGCUGACAAUCCGCAGCUAAAGUCCAUCUUGCAGAGGACAGCUCAAGCAGCAGAACCUCUUGACAAGGAGGAAACCAAAAACUUCAUGGCCAUACUUCGUGUGAACAUGGUGCAGACCUCUAUCGUGCAGGUCAUGAAGUUGCUGGGCGAUCUUGAUGAGGUUGGUGUCUUGGAACCCCGCUUCGAGCUGGCUGCGCUGCUACAAGAGCAUCGCUUGUUGCAGGCGCAGGAUGCGGCGAACAAGGCAGAGCGAGAGCUGGCUGGCCAGGCAAAAGAGGCCAAAGGGGCAAAGGGCAACGAGGAGAAAGCGAAGGGGCCUCCGCCAGUUUGGUACUGGGCAGUGCAGCUCGAGCAGGCGUCGUCGGAGCUCCUGUUGAAGCGCUGGGAGCAGGAGGAGGACUGCGCUCAGGCGACAGCUUCUGGCAUUUCCAUGGCGAAGGAGCACCAUGUCACCCUGCUUUAUUUAGGUGGUGGAAAGGAUGAGGAAGUUGCGGUGAGGAACCCGAAGCUUAAUGGACCAGCCCAAGUUGCAUGGCUGCGGGACGAGUUCAGGCGGCGUGAAGGUGAGAAGGUCAACAUGGACAUCGGGAGCAUCGUUUGGGAAGAAGGUCGCAUUGCUGCUGCUUCUGUGGCGCUUCGCGGAGGCGUUGAACAGCUUUGCGCGAACAUCCACCCGCACAUCACUCUUGGAACAGCUCCACGUGUGACGCCGGUGAAGAGCAAUGAGGUGCUUGCUCGCCGGUCUGCGACGUUGGACUUACAGACAGGUUUACAGGCAUGGCUUCAGCAACUCAGUCUCUCGCAGUAUACGGACCGACUUGCUGCUUGGUGCCGUGACAUGGGUGCCGCCUCGCCGGAGGAACUUGCGGAGUUUGCAGCAGAAGCUGCAGCAGCUAUCGAGACUGAGGAUCUCGAGUCUCAGGAACGAGUGGCGGAAGUGCUGAAGCGUGCAGUGGAGCGGCCGUUGAAGGAGCUGGUGCUGGCAAACCCUUUGCAACUGAGCGGCGUCAUCCAUGGAGUCUCAUUGAAAAGAUCGUGA